UCGAACAUAUCAGAGACAAGUACCUUUUCGGAAGGCCAUUUCUCCGUCUGAAUGAGGAGUUUCUCUCCGUUUCCUCUAAAGUAAUCAGUCUCGAUUCUCACGAUUCACACCAAAUCCAGGCGAAGUUCUCUGUUAUAUAGAUUCGUAAUGCCUCUGUCUGUUGAUCUUAGAGAAAUGCUUGAAAUAAAGUUCGUUGCCUCGAUGCUACAAUUUACUUUUUACAUUUGAUCUCUACUGUUUCCUUAAUGUUUGCAGGACUAAAGUAUUAGUUCAAUCUAUCAUUGCUGAUGGCAGAAUCUCAGAAGGGAGCUUCUUCAUCUGUCAAUUCAAAAGAGAAAGAUUCACUUCUGGAUAUGGAAAUUGGGAAGGACUUUCUUAGCUCCUGGAAAUCAAUGUCUGUGGCAGAAGAUGACGCCAUGGAUUUUGACUUUAACACCGUAACCAAAGGAAAGAAAAAGACAUUCAAUUUUGACAAAUUGGAUAUGGAUUUUGGUCUUGAUGGUGAUUUUGACAAGAUUUCAUCAUUCAAAGUAGACAUGUCAGAUCUUGAUAUCUCUUCCCCGUUGAACAAAACUGGAAAGGAAAGAUCUAAAGGUGAAUCUGCCACUGGAAAUCACCAAGGCAAACAAGAUCGCAUGACCUUCUCUUUUGAUUUUAAUGAGUUGGAUAGUUUUGGUUUUGGGCCAAACCUAAUGAAAGAAGAAAAAAUAUCUAAAGAAAACCAAGAUAGCAAAGGAGCUUCAAAUAGAAGUGAGUUCCAAGGUUCUGCAAUCCACCUGAAUGAAGAAAUUGGUGCAAUAGUAGAUGAUGUAUCCUCAAAGCUUCCGGUAUCAGGGGGUGUGACCACUUCAAAGAUUGAGACUCUGCCUGGAGGUCAUGGGGAUCUUGAUCCCAUAAGUGAGGAUUGCCCUUCGAAAUCAGUGGCACAUUACAAUUGCCCUCCAAAAUCUGCAACUGUAGGAAAUCUAGUUGCAUCACAGAGAGCAAGAACUUCCUCAGAGAAAACUAGUACUACCAGGACACAAGAAAAAGACCAAGAAAAUCACUGCUCAGAUGAGACAAUUCCCCCAGAACCAUAUGUUCUGGAAAAGACCCAGGAUAUUUCUGCCCAAUCUGCAUCUGGCCACGAGUCAACUCGAGAUACUGGCUCAGAAUUAGAGGGGGAAGUUAGUUCUCUGGUAAAAAAAGUGAGUACCAGCUCAGAUGGAGAACAGAAUGUUAAUGGCAAAUUGGUAGCUGGGUUGGGAUCUAAACAAGAAAAAUUGCAGUUGGAGAACCCCCCUCCACAACAUAUGGCAAGAUCACUGAGCAAUGAUGGUGAAAGGAAUAGGUUUGGGAUUGAAGAUCAUGCUCCAACAGGCAGUAUAGUUGACGCUGAACCAGCUCAGGCUGAUUCAGUUUUUGAAGAUACUUCCUUCACAUGUGUCUCAAAGGAAUCACUGCAUGACUCAGUGAUCAACAGAGAAAAACAGAAUUCAAAUUCAAAGCUCCUUUUGGCCCCAUUGAGCUGUGGAACCAUGGUCAAUAAGUUGAUUUCAGUGAAAGCAGAAGACACUGGUGUUAUCCGGUCAAAGUUUUUCAAGAAAUCAGAUGAAACUAAAUCCCUGCCGCCGCAGGCAUUAUCAACUCAGACAAAACAUACCUCAUUUGGCAGCAAAAGAUUUGGUGUGCAACUAAAUCCUACAGAUGAAAGAAGAGAAGGUGUUGAUGCUAAAGAUGGAGAAAAUGGGAGGAACUUGACUGGUAUUCCAUGGUCACAUUCUCGAGAACUAAACAAAGGUGAACCUGUUCAUUCCGAAAGUGGAAAUAGUAUUAAGGGCCUCAAGAGUAUCAGCAGAGAGUCCUUCAACGCUGAUGGUGCACAAAACAGGAUUAAGUUGAUUGGUUCUUCAAGGCCACUUGAUGGAGAAGUAGCAAAAGGAAAACCUGUUUCAGGUGAAAGUGAAAAGAACAGUAAAGAUCUUGAUACUUCCAGCUCUGAGGUAAAUCCUCCCAGCUCAAUUGAGAAGACGAAUAAAUCUAUCACGCAGAAUUAUAUAAAUCCCAGACUUCAGGUUUCUAGCAUGGUGUCUGUUAAGAACUUGAAUAAAGUUUGUGAUGAAGGGAAUAUAACCUCUCCUUUAAAAGUUGAUAGGAGGACACCUGGUCUCUCAAGUUUGAAGAUUUCAAGGACUAUGGGAACAAGUCAUGAUCCAAGUUCUACAAGUCAGAAAGAAAUUAAAUCCUUGAAAAAUUCUGAUAACAACAUGGAAUUAAAAGGAAAUAUAACUUUCAAGGGGGCCCAUUCUGUUGGCUCUGGGAAGCAAACACCACCAAUCCCGUCUCUGAAGCGGAAAACACCUGAGGAACCAAAUGCAGAUUUUCUGACCUUAAAUCCCUCGAAACGUCUCUCAGAGUCACCUCCUGAAAGCAGAAAUUUUAGUGAACCCUCGGAAAGAGUUGUUGGCAAGCAGAUCUCUGCAGUUGAUAUUUCACCGAAGAUGAACAUGACAGAACUAGAGAUAUCCUCAGAAAUAGAAAAUGAUGGCAAUGUUGAAAAGGCAGAGGCCUGUACAAAGGAGCUUGAUGAUAUCUGCAGCAUGCUGAAAAAGAAAGGCGAGGAGGCUAAAGAAAUUUUAGUUCGUGCUAUUGUAAACAACAAUAACCUUCUGAUGCUCAACCAUCCAAUCUAUGAAGAGAAGAUCCGCAUGGUUAAGAAGUUUGCUGCCCAACUGAUGUCCUAGGAGAAUCACAUGUGAACAUGAGUAGCUAUAACAGCAGUUUAUCAUAUAAUGAAUAAGGAUGCUUACUAAAUCAGGUCAAGAUCAAACUAAUCGAAGACCCAUCUAAAGUUUGCUCCCAGUUUCUGCUCAAAAGAAUCCACCUCACAAAAUGUUAAUGCUUCAGAUUUGUCCUCAUGCAGAUUCAUACUUUCAGGUUGUAUAAUAAUUUUAGAAAGAGCUUUCCCAGUUAUAAUGAAGUGUUUUCUAGUUCUUCACAUUGGAUUUGCGUUGGUCCAUAGACUGGUCUUCCAUUUGCUGGCAUUGCUGCUGUGCACUAGUAAUCUACUCUCCCAAAAGAGGCAUAUGAGCUCCACAUUCUACCUAGUUGGGGGCCAGAGACAUAGACUCUGAAAAAUAAACAUUUCAGCGUUAGGGGAUCGGAUGGUCCUUUAUUGCCAUGCAAUGGAAAAGCACAUUUUAUCAUAAUGUAAAUUUGAGUUGUGACAUGAAUAUCAGAUAACUUGGUGAAGCCCCAAGGUAAUGUUGCAGUAUCAUUUGUCUGUGCAUGAUUUACAUUUUUAA